AUAUUUAUCGAUUCUCAUUGUUUCGGUUGUGCACAAAGGGGUGGCCAUUUCGGAAAUGUCAACACUGUCAACUGUCAAAUUGGUCACGUUCAUGUCGCUUCGGUUGCUUUGCUUUGUGGCUUGGACUUCCAUAAUGAAGAACGAAACAACUAAAAUCAAUAAUAAUGCGUCCGCCAUUGUAUAGUCAGUGUCAUAUUUUUUCAGUAUUAUACUAUAAAGUUAUUGAAUAAAAUGCAACGAUCCGGCUUUAGAUACAUCGAAUUACUUUCUGUCCAAUAGUCACAAUGGAUACUUUUUGUAAAGUGAUAACUGUGCUGCUUUAUAUCGUAAACUCCGUGCACCCUUACUGCGGCCCAUACAAUGGCCAAAUAUGCAAAAAAUAUACAACCGGUUACGUGUGGUAUAACUAUACGGGUGGUCUGGAGAAUGAAAAGAUUACGACUGGGCUAUGGAGAGAAAUGAUAUCAACUCUUAGGGAGCCGUGCCGCACCCGCGCCGAGAAGCUCCUCUGUGCCUACGCAUUCCCUAAGUGCAUCAACAAGGACGGUGUCGGCGACUUCGCGCUUCCUCUGUGCUACGAAGACUGCAUCGCCGUCAAAAUGCAGUUCUGUUACAACGACUGGAUCGUUUUUGAAGAGCAAAAACGCCGAGGCGUUUACUUUGAGUCUAGAGGUCACUUCCGAUUUCCCGAAUGCGAGAACCUACCUCAGUUUACAGGGAAAGGUUCACAAGUGACUUGUAAUUUUGUGGGGAUAACUAACAUGGACUAUAGUGAAGUGACCACGAGCUGCGUGCGGGGCAACGGGCGCUACUAUCAGGGCACAGUGAACGUCACUGAGAGUGGCAAGGCCUGCCAGGCCUGGGAAUCUCAGCACCCCCACCAACAUACAAGACCUCCACUUGUGUUCCCAGAAGUUCAGAAUUCAAGCAACUACUGUAGAAAUGCUGGAGGCGAGGAGCGUGGGCCGUGGUGCUACACUAUGGAUCCUGAGGUUCGGUGGGAACUCUGUGACAUACCACUUUGUGCCAAUUCCACGUUACAAGAAGACAAUAUAAUAGGACCAAAUAUAGAGAUGGAAAACUAUUUUACCCCUACGUUUGUGUUAUUGUUGUCAGUUGGUGGCCUCGGUUGCGUUUUAGGGAUUGCAUCUAUUGCUCUCUUGUGCCAUUACUUUUUGAAAAAUCAUUACUCAAAGUGCACCAUGCCUAGCCGCAGAAAUGGUCCAAACAUGGAUAUUGAUCUUGACAAACUCCCCAGCAAUCUGGCUUAUCACACCACUGGGGCUCAGCUAAACCCAAAGCUGGAAAAACUGGAGUUCCCAAGAAACAAUAUCAUUUAUAUCCGUGACUUAGGCCAAGGUGCUUUUGGCAGAGUAUUUCAAGCAAGAGCCCCCGGGCUGGUCCCGGAAGAAGAGUUUACCUUGGUUGCUGUCAAGAUGCUUAAAGAUGAAGCCUCACAUGACUUGCAACUAGACUUUGAGAGAGAAGCUUGUCUACUGGCCGACUUUGACCAUCCCAAUAUUGUGAAGUUGUUGGGUGUCUGUGCUAUAGGCCGACCCAUGUGCUUGCUGUUUGAGUUUAUGGGGAAAGGUGACUUAAAUGAAUACCUAAGGGCCUGCAGCACUGCCACUAACUACCCACCAAUGUCAGAACAUAGGGAAGACCUAAGGUUACUGGCAACACCACUGGGCCACUUAGACUUGUUGCAUAUUGCGAGACAGAUUGCCUCCGGGAUGGUCUACCUAUCUGAUCGCAAGUUUGUUCACCGAGACCUUGCCACCAGGAACUGUUUAAUCAAUGAUGACAUGGUAGUGAAGAUUGCAGAUUUUGGUCUUUCACAUAAAAUAUAUUUACAAGAUUAUUACAAGGGAGAUGAGCAUGAUGCUAUCCCAGUGAGAUGGAUGCCUUUAGAAAGCAUAUUGUACAAUAAGUAUACAUUAGAAUCCGACGUGUGGGCCUAUGGUGUUUGUCUGUGGGAGAUAUUUUCUUUUGCCCUACAACCUUACUUCGGAAUGACCCACGAGGAAGUGGUUAGGUUCCUGAAGGACGGGAAUGUCCUGGCGUGUCCAGACAACACCCCACGCUGUGUGUAUGAUCUCAUGCGUCAGUGCUGGAGCACGCACCCUACUGACCGACCCAACUUCAGACUGAUUUAUCAAACGUUAGAUAACAUACAAAUGAUUCUUGAACGAACUCAUUCUGACUAAUUUACAGUGUUCUGUGUAUCAAUUAAUAUGUAAGGACUGAGUUUGUACUUCAUUAUUUACUGUGUAAAGGACUCUUGCCCAUAGUUGUAAAUAGGUAUCUACUUGUAUUUUACGUACAUCAUUACAUUAAGUAAGUUAAAUUCGGUAACUAUUUAUUGUUUGUGUCAAUUUCUAUUAUAAGUAGUAAUUGUAAUUAUUAGCCAUCCUACCAACAACUAUGUGUUGAUCUCUUGCAUUUAUUUAAGUUUGGGUUUGAGUGGUUGUAUUGGGAUUUUGUUGUAACUAUCCUUGGGUUACAAAUAGAAUCAUUAGGUAAUCAACUAAUCACAAUUGUAAACUGUUCGAAUUUUUAUUGGAAUAUUUCUUAUUGAUUGAUUGUUCUCUACUUUUUAUUUAUAACUAAGUCUCUUCUCUUAUUGGAAUUAAUUAGACUUACAAUUUAAUAAUUUAUACACUUAGAUUUGUCUCUUGUGAAAUCCAAUUGUUCAGUAAUGUAGAGAAUGGAUAAGUACAGACUUUUAUAUUAUGUGAUGUGACCAGGCACUAUUUGUUAAAGUAAUAUUGCCAACCUACCUCUUUGAAAAUUCUCGAUCAUGCUAAAAUAUUUUUGUAAGCAGCUAUUUUGCUAAUGUUACCCAUACUGACCUGUACCUAUUAUGUUUGUUGUUGUAUACGUUAUAAGUAGCUAGUGGUCGAAUUCAAAUACUUAAACCAAUUUGUGUAUGAAUUUUAUUUUGAAAUAUAAUGAGAAAUGUAGCCUUCCAUUUCAUAUAAUUAAAAAAAGUACAACCAGUGAUGAGACACAAUUCUCCUUUUGUAAACAGACCAUCAUUAUUAUUUUUUUCUUUGUAUCUUUAUCAUUAAUUCAUUAUAUACAGGUAUAAGGAUUAAAUGUCAUAAUCGUAUAUUGCCAACAUAGCUUGGUAUGACUAGAAAACCAAGUAUUUCAAAAAUUACUGAUUUCAAUGAAUGAACAUUUUAAUUAGGGAGCCAUUUGUAUUUAAAAAGUCACUGCCAAAUUUUAAAAGACUUUUUGUACAAAAUAUAAUUUAAUUUAAGACUGUAACUUGAAGACAAACUGCUGUUUUGGAUUAUAUUUUUGUUUUGAUGUUAUGUUAUGUACCUGCUCGGUACGUAUUCGUAAACUUUACAAGACUAUUUUAUUUAUAAAUUAUUUUAGGUUAAUUUCGUUGUUACAAUGAAAUAAAUGUAACGAAAUCAAAA